AUGAUUCAAACAUUUAAACAUAUAGGAUUAUUACCAGCUGUUUUAAGGCGAUCUUACUCCUACAAUUCUCCCAUACUUAAAUCAGAUCCGGGGACAAAAAAAAAUGUGACAAUGAUUCCAGGUGAUGGCGUUGGACCAGAUUUGAUGCAAUCGGUAAAAGAUGUUUUUAAAUCCAUAGGCGCUCCUAUCCAUUUUGAAGAGAUGCAGGUAAGUGAAAUUAACCCUUCAAUGAGUGUGCCGUUUGACGAUGUUAUCCAAUCCAUAUUCCGAAAUGGCGUAGCUCUUAAAGGUAAUAUAAGGUCGUCUCAGGGAAUGUUUUUAGACGAUAUCCAAACGCUCAAUAUGCAAAUGAGAAGAGCUUUAGAUCUGUUUGCUAACGUAGUUUGGAUAUCCAGUAUCCCAGGUUUAAAGACUAGACAUGAUGAUCUAGAUUUUAUAAUUAUUCGUGAACAAACCGAGAGUGAAUAUAGUGCAUUAGAACAUGAAAGUGUUCCAGGAGUCGUUGAAAGUAUGAAAAUCAUAACGAGAUUUAAAUCCGAAAGAAUAGCCAAAUUCGCUUUCGAUUUCGCUGUCAAAUAUGGACGUAAAAAGGUUACAGCUGUGCAUAAAGCCAAUAUCAUGAAAUUAGGAGAUGGUUUAUUCUUAAAUUGUUGCAGAGAAAUAGCAAAAUUAUAUCCUAGUAUAAAGUUUACUGAUACCAUAGUCGAUAAUUGUUGUAUGCAAUUAGUUUGGAAUCCAUGGCAAUUCGAUGUUAUGGUUAUGCCAAAUCUUUAUGGAAAUAUUGUUGAUAAUUUAGCUGCUGGAUUAGUGGGAGGGGCGGGAGUCGUACCCGGUCAGAGUCAUUCAAAUCAUUGCGCUGUCUUUGAAACAGGGGCUAGGCAUCCAUUUGCAGAAGCUGUUGGAAAACAUAUAGCAAAUCCAACAGCUAUGUUAUGGUCGGCAUCUAACAUGUUGGGAUAUUUGGAAUUGCCUAAACAUCAGAAAUGGGUAAAAGAUGCCUUAUUUAAAGUACAAAAGAAUUUACCCAUGCUGUAA